AUGGGUGUGUGGACGAACUGCGUUUUCUUGCUGGCGUGUUGCUCUGGAUUAGGGUUUGGCAGCCCCAACAGAUGCGAUGAAGUGCGGAAAGUUUUCCAACUCAAACAAAUUGGACCAAAUCAAUUAUUGCCUUUGAGCCCCAGACCAGGUUCAGACCUUCAGGUGUGCAUGUCCAAGAACCUGACCUGCUGCACCAAAAAGAUGGAGGAGAAGUACCAGGUGGCGGCCCGGAGAGACAUCCAAAACCUCCUGCAGACGUCCAGCUCCAGCCUCAAGUUCCUCAUAUCGCGCAAUGUGGCAGCUUUUCAAGAGACCUUUGAGGCUUUGAUUUGGCAGGCUGAGAAUCACACCAAUGUGGUUCUCCAGGCGUCGUACCGCAGCAUGGCUGAUCAGGCUGUUGGCCCGGUGCGGGAACUCUUCACAGACAUCAGUCUCUUCCUGCUGGGGUCUGAGCUCAGCGUUGAUGACUUGGUGCAUCGAUUCUUUGAUGCACUCUUCCCACUGGUCUACAAUCACCUCAUCAACCCUGGCCUCAGCGACAUAUCACCGAGCUACGCUGAGUGCGUGAGGUCGUCCAGGCGGGAUGUGAGACCGUUUGCCGCGGCGCCCGGCCUCCUGGCUGAUCAAAUCGCUCGCUCUGGGGUGUCUGGGAAACUUCUGAUUCAGGCACUGCACCUGGGCAUUGAGGUCAUUAAUACAACAGACCACUUACAGCUGAGCCGCGAGUGCAGGCGGGCCCUGCUCAAGAUGCACUACUGUCCUCACUGCCAGGGCUUAACCCAGUCCAAGCCCUGCAUGGGUUACUGCCUCAACGUGAUGCGAGGCUGUUUGGCAAGCAUGGCAGAGAUCGACAGCCACUGGAGAGAGUUCGUCCACUCGCUGGAGGGCCUGUCAGCGCGGAUGCAAGGGCCUCAGGAUUUGGAGCAAGUGCUUCUGGGAGUUCACACGCUGCUUCAUGAUGCUGUCGGACAUGCCCAGAAAAAUGGGCCUCGCCUCUCUGCACAGGUGCACAAACUGUGUGGCGCACCGAGCAGAAGGUCUGCGCAGUCAGUCAGCAUCCAGCACAGCAGCCGGGACUCCAUCCCUCUUAAAGCUGCGCUCAGUGGAUCCGGGGACACGCUGGCUGUGAGGAGGAGGGACUUUCUAAACAGCUUACGCCUCUACCGUACGUUCUACGGUGGCCUGGCCGAUCAGCUGUGUGUGAGUGAGCUGGCCUCCGGUGACGGGCAGGCCUGCUGGAAUGGAACCGACAUCGUAAAAAGCUACACCCUCCGUGUGGUCGGCAACGGGAUCAAGGCUCAGAGCGCUAACCCUGAGGUCAAAGUGAAGGUAGCAGACCCUGUCAUAAAUCAGAUCAUCGACAAACUCAAACACAUUAACCAGCUGUUGCAAGGGAAGUCCAUUCCUAAACUGGGGUCACUGGACCAGAUAGAAACAGGAAGUGGAGACGCAGAUGGACGCUACAGCGGCGACUGUGAUGAUGAGGACGGCUGCGGUGGUUCGGGGGGCGACGAGGUGAAGAGGAAAGUCCCCAGAGUCUCCAAAUUGAGUCCAGAUGUGACCAGCGAUCAAAAACGUCGUCAUCAUAAUCAUCAUUAUCCACCUGCCGAGGACUCAGCGAGGGAGGGCCGAUCCAGGAGCUUUGGACUGACAGGGGCCAUCUGGGUGUUGAUAUUGCCUUGUUUACAUAUGCUCCUGGCCUUGUAACAGCUUGCCUUUUUGCAGCAUGAAACUUUCAAGACUUCAUUUCAAACUUAUUUAUCCAGAAAUAAAAGGGCCAGGGAAAGUUACAAGCUCCAAUAUGUAAUGGAGCACCACUUCCACACAGUGCAGGACACGGUAGGAGUGACCACUAACGGUUGUGUGGAAAUUAGAAGACACUGAUGGCUUAUUUUAAACAAAUGGUUCAGCUUUGCCAAUAUCCAUUUUUUUAAUCUGACAUUCAUUAACACUAUAAAAGGACUUAUUUAUAACAGACAAUGUCAAGUUUAAGUAAAACAUACGGUAUGUUCUAAAAGUUUGUUAUUAAUUUAAUUGUAUUUCUACACAUAAUAUAUGAUUUGUAGAUACAGGUAAUACAUCUUUGUAGUGGGGUUUUAAACUACUGUGAACACUUCUGUGAAAGAAGUCAAGUAAUUUAAAGGUGACUUUUGGAUUUGAUAUUUAAAAAAAAAAAAAAGGCUCUUUAACUCUUACAGUUGCCAAUAUUUGUACAAGCCCAAAAUAAAAUGGCCUUUUAUUCUUCAGACAUAAAAAAAUAUAUAUAUUGUUACUUACAAACAUUCGAAAGUGGUUCAGAUCAUUGUAGAAAUAAUUUGGGAUAUUUAUGUUCUUAUACAUUUUGAGACAUUGUAAUUGUCUUCAAUUGUAAUGGCUGCAGUUUUGUCCAGUGUUCAAAAUGGACCUGUAAAGCUUUCGCUGAGAAGAGUUGUUAAAGGAGAGGUGAUGGCAGGUUGGGGAAAGUGAGAGAAUUCAUACUCCUUUCUUCUUUUAGGAAUAGAUUAGCUCCUUCCGGAGUCUAUUAUCAUCUUUCAAACUCAAUCCUCCUCUGCCUUCAUGGCCUGGAUGGGAGCUGAUAGCUCCAGGAGCCACUGGUGAAGAAGAAUCCAAUUGCUCCCUCCUAGCACCUGACUGCGUGUUGCUGGCAGCUCUAUGGGCAGGGAAACAGAAAAAGAUUGGUUCACAUAUGCCCUGUAUGUCUAGUCAAUGGCAGAGAGAGAAAAGUACUCAAAUGUGUUUUCGUAUGCUGCAAACUGCUUGUAUGGCUGAGGACAAAAUCCUAUUCAGAUCCUGCAAAAGCUCAAAUAAAAUCUUUAAAACCCAA